CAACAAUCACACAUCACAAUGGCUCAACAUCCUGUGUUAAUACGGACAGCAUGGCGCGGGCGACCAUUGCUCCUCCACGGUAAACGAUUCGCAACAUCCCAAGCUUCCGCUUCCGCGUCCACCGAAUCCACGUCCAGCCAAUCGCUUCAAAAUCAUCCAGCGGAUUGGGAGGACCAUACGCCUGCGCUCGAGAACUUCUCCCAGCUACCUUAUAAAGAUUUCGGAAAGAACCAAUUGCUUCAGACAAAUGAGGAUUUCAAGCGUAGUUUGAGGGGCAUCCUUCGGGAGUUUCCUGCGCUCAGCUAUGCGUUUGCGUACGGCUCGGGUGUUUUCCCUCAAUCUGAUGCGACGGCGUCGCGCAUUACGAAAUCGCCCCAUUCGAAUCCGCCGGAAGCAAUACUGAAGUGGCAGAAAGGUGGUGGAAAGAUGAUUGACUUCAUAUUGGCUACAAAGUUCUCUCAGCACUUCCAUUCGCUGAACCUGCGCGCCCAUAAGGAUCAUUACUCCUUCCUCGGAUCCCUUGGCUCUGGCGUCGUAAGCCACGUCCAGGACGCAUACGGCGCCGGCGCAUACUUCAACCCUUACGUCAACGUAAAUGGCACUCUCAUCAAAUAUGCUGUGGUCAAUCUUCCAACACUGCAAAGCGAUCUUUUGAACUGGGACACCCUUUACCUCGCUGGGCGCCUGCAAAAGCCCGUCAAGAUUCUCUUUGAAGAUCCGAAUAUCCGCGUCGCAAACCAGCGCAACCUACUUUCCGCAGUGCGGUGCUCGUUGUUACUACUCCCACCUACAUUUACUGAAAAAGAGCUAUAUUCUACUAUUACCGGAUUGAGUUACCGCGGUGAUCCGCGCAUGGACUAUGGGAGCGAGAACCCCAAAAAGAUUGAGAACAUUGUAAACCACCAAAUCAGGAAUUUCCGUCUCUUAUAUCACGACCUCAUCAAUUCCCUUCCCAAUUUAACAUACAGCGAUGCAAAGGCAGUAUCGAAACCUGGCUGGGAAGAUGACACCGAGCUCGAUCUUAGGCUAGAGCAGGAUAUGGAUCCCGAGCGCCGAGGUAACAUGGUCCGACGACUCCCCAAAUCCUUCAGGGAGAAGCUUUAUUUCCAAUAUCAACGAAAAUUCGCCAUCCCCGGACGCGAAUUUCAAGAGAUGCUGGAGGCAACCAGAGACGAUGAUCCCGCAGGUGGCGUCAAGAAACAGAUUGGUGGCCCAUUCGACCGACGCAUCGCCGCUGAGAAGGACCUCCCGGAAAUGGUCAACAAAACCGUUCUCCAAACAGUCAAAUGGCCCUCGACCGUACAAAGCGUCAAGAGCUUCUUCACUGCCGGCCCCUCCCGAGGCUUCAGAUACCUCCGCGAGAAGCGAGAAAAGGCCAAAGAAGCCUAAAAAGACCAUCGUAACAUUCCGCAACACUUUCUUGUUUUUUUGCAUCCUAGAAGAGUAGGCAUCCGGCCUCAUCAGGCAUUGUAUUUUCAUUUGUACUCUUUUGUCAACAACAUUUCGUCAAAGCAUAGACCAUUAGGAUUGGGGAAUCGCAUCGUAGCCGCCGUAGGGAUUCGGGUUUCCUUUACGGGUCAGGUUUGUAUUAUGCCACUAGGUUCCCAGUGGAGAAGGGGGGCAAAAUUUCAUGAGCUACGCUGCUGCCGGGCAUGCACACCAUGUCGAUGCUGUGCUCUCAAUUAAAGAAAUAAAAACGAG